AUGGCGCACAUUGCGCAGCUACGCUGGCGACUGGCGGCUCGAUCCGAUGGGACGGUGCUCUGCCGGCGGGUGGCGCCGAUGGGCGGCCGCGGGGCGUUCGUCCUGAGGGGCCUGGGGCGCGACGCGGCGCGGAUGGUUGUGGAAUGCAAGUCGGCUGGUGCGCGUCCAAGGCCACCAGCCACACGUCCCAGGCCUCCUGGUCCCCGCCCCAGUGCCCCAGGCUCACGCCCAAAGCCAGGAGGUGGAAGCCCAAAGCCAGGGGGUGGGGGUCUAAGGCCUGGGGGCAAUCGCCCAAGUCAAGGGGGCAGCCGCUCCAGUGAGGAUGGACGAGGGAACCGAGGUGGCAUCAAGGACAAGAAUCGCGCUGGAAUGGGGGUGUACAUAAAUGAAGAGAUUACGGCUCCCGAAGUCCGACUGCUUGGCCAAGACAAAGACAUGCUGGGUGUCAUGCCCACAAGUGAGGCCCUCGAAAGGGCUCAAGAGGAGGGCGUUGACUUGAUUUUGGUAUCACCGAACGCAUCGCCCCCAGUCUGCCGCCUCUUGGAGUGGGGAAAGUACAAGUACAUGCUCGAGAAGGAGAGCAAGGAAAAGAGGAAGAAACAGCGUGAUGCAAGGGUAGAGGUGAAAGUGCUGAAGAUGAGGCCAGGGACAGACACUCAUGAUUACAAUGUCCGCUUAAGAAAAGCACAACUGGAGCUCAGUAAGGGAAAUCGGGUGAAGGUCAUGUGCCAGUUUAGGGGGCGUGAGCACCAGUUCAGGGAAAUGGGGUACCAGCUACUGGAGCGGUUCAUUGCCGACCUUGGGGAAGGAUUUUUGCUCGAGAAGCGCCCUCGCAUGGAGGGAGGGGUACUGACGAUGUUGCUAGCGCCAGAGAAGAAGUGA